AUGUUUAAUAGUUUACUUUACUUUACUUUACGUACCUUCUGGUUGUGCCUCGGGUUCUGGGCGGAGCGUAGCCGGUUGGUAACGGAGAGAAAGAGCCGAGGUAACGACAGACACGGACGGACGCCCUCGCUCGUCACCCCCCUCGUGUCUAACGGCUAUUUUCAAAUGGCAACGCCAGCGGACGACCAACGGGAACCGGCGGACGUCGCUGCGCUGUCUCCGCACCACGGCUCCCAGCACCACCUCAACAGUAACAACAACAAUAAUAACAAUAACAACAACAACAAAGACAGCGAGGCGGGAGAGAGCGCGACCUCUGCCACGGCGAGCACGACGGAACCCGGGGGGACGGCGUCGCAGGGCAUCGGGAACGGUUCAGGCAUCAGCUCCUCCGGGGGGAACAACGGGAAGUGGGUCCGGCUGAACGUUGGCGGCACGGUGUUCCUCACGACGCGGCAGACUCUCCUCAAAGAGCAAACUUCGUUCCUGUACCGGCUGUGCCAGCAGCAGGACCUGCACUCGGACACAGUGAGUCCCCCUGAAACAUACAUGUCCUCUGUCCACUACUUCUCAAAAGAGUUACUACUACUGUGUAGUACGGCGGCCGAGAACCGCCAGUGCUGAUAGUAAUAGUAGUAAAAAAAAAAAAAGAAUGCAAAAAAAGAAGCCAUAACAGAAGUUACCAAUGCUAAAAAAGAAACAAAAGCCCGUUGAAAAAAAAAAAAAAAAGAAACAGUGCAGAUUAAAAAAAACAAAAAUGUAAUAACGUAAAUUAACAGCGAAAAAAAAAAAAAGUCAAGACAUAAACUAACGAUGCAAAAAAAAAAUGGCAAUGGAAAAAAUAUUAAAAACUCCAAAAGUUACUUACUGCAAAAAUAAAAGGAUGCAAAUAAAAAAAGCUACAACAGAAGUGAGCUGUAAGGGAGCAAUAAUGAUGAUGCCCAGUGUUUUACGAUCUAGGCACAGGAGAUGACGGCGAGAAGACAAGUAAAGAAGUGAGUGGAAAGGUUAUUUUUUAAUUUCGCUACGUGUUAUUUGUCAUUUGAACUGGAUAAUGCCGGUGUAGUGUUAGCUUCAAUUUAACUUCACAUUGACUCAGGUGCUACAUGGCCAAACCAAAUGACACAUUGAAAAGCACACGAAGCAAAAUUAAACAAUAACUUUUCCACGUACUUCUUUGUUCGUCUUCUCGCCGUCAUCUUCUGUGCCUAGAUCGUAAAACACUGGUGCAUCAUCAUUAUUGGUCCCCCGCAGCUCACUUCCGUUGUGGCUUUUUUCACUUGCAGUGUUGUUUUCGUUGACAAAAGUAUUUCGUCAAUGCCCCUUUUUUUUUCCAUGACGAAGACAUGACGUUGACGAGCUCAACAUAAGUCUUAGAUGACUAAACUGUGACGAGACAAAUGUGCGUUUACGUUGACUAGACUAGACGAAAACGUUAGUGGUGGACAACGAACAGAGUUGCAAAAUUCAUGAGCAUUUCGUCAGGCAAACGUUGAACAUAUAUUCCGCAGUGUUGUUGUUUUUUUAUUUUUAUUUUUAUUUUUUUUGCAUUCUUUUUUAUUUGCAGUAGUGGCAGUUCUCGGCAACCGUAGUGUAGCAUAGUGUUGCAUCAAAUGUAGAGUUAUAACUACACUCCUCCCUCUUCCACAUUGCACCAAUGUUCCUACAGGUAUUCAAAGUUUUCUUGUGAACAUGCCAACAUUUUACACCCGCUCUACAUCCAGAAACGUUAUGGAUCCAGGCUUGGGGUGAAGAGUGGUCUGUGUGAUGCUGUAACUUUUUCCCCUAUCAGUUUAGCUCAUUAGAAAAAGCCCUUAAUAACACACUCCUAUCGUGGCCCAUUUUUAAGUUAAACAUUGGUCUUUCAGCUCAUGAUAACAUUGUUAAGUUUGGUCUUGUUAAUGUUUUUUUUAUUCCCUGUGUGGUAUGAGAGGUAUUUUUUUAUAACCUGACCAAAAAGGAUUGGCUCAAAUAUGUGAGCAGGUCUUGGCAUGAAGUCAGUCAGUGCUUUGAGACUGAGUGAAAAAUCAUGUUACUGCACAGAGCACCAUGAUGUUUUUAUCAUGUAAGGCAUCACAUAAGCCUUAAAGGAAGGGUCUAAUUAUAUUAUAUUGAAACUAAAUUAUCUAUGUUCUAUUCCCAGAACCUAUUACUUCAGCUCUGUUGUGGUCCGGAAAUACAUGCCUGCAGCUUCACAGUAGGCACAGAGUUGUCAAAUUACGAGCUGAUAAGCUGUGCAUGUGCAGUAUGGAGUUCUCCCACUCUCUCCUUCUCCUGCUCUAAGUGUGUGUGUGUGUGUGUCUCUCAGCAUCAUUUGAUGGUGUGAACGUAGCUUGGGUCAGAUGGAUGAACACGUGCCUCCUCUUCUGCAGGGAGCUGCACAGGCAGAAGCAGUGCAGCUGACAUCUUAUUGGGGGAACAGAAAGAGAGAGAUGUAUUGUGGAUCCUGCGGUCACAUGUAGACUGAACACUCUGGCAGCUCUCAAGAAUGAUGCAGAUUUCCAUUAUACUGCAGCUUUUGAUAUGCAUGUGUGUGAUGGAUAGAGUAUAGGGGGCAGGUCCUCCUUGCAGCCAGGUGGGGUCUGUGGACCGUCAUUGUCAUUCCUGUAGGAUGUCCACUCUGUGUAAGACUGUAAGACAGAAGCCCAAGGAAACAGAACAUCUUUACCUUACCUAUAGUGCCAUAAAAAAUCUUCUAUCAAAAGGCUUGAAACUAUAAACUUGGGUCAUCACUGUACCCGAUGCUAUUUCAGAUUGCAUAGUGGAGAGCUGCAGUGACUACAGAAACCAGUUCAUAUCCCCAAAUGUUAAAGCAAUGGUCUACCAUUUGGAAGCUUUGUACUUAUUAAUAACAUCGUUUAUAAGGCCGUUAUGGUGCUAUGGUCUGAUCUACACAAUAUAGAGAUCAAAAAGAACGAAAAAAAUCCAUUCAGUAUAUCCGCUGCAAAAAGGCAUAAUAAUCGACCGGUACGGCGGUUCGGAGAGCACCGUCCUGCCCAUGGUCCCGCCUCCUCCCCACUACCCCCCUCACGUACAUGUGAUUAGCGAGCUGCACAGCUGCUGAAGACAAACACUGAAACCAGGAGGCCGCUUCUGUUACCCUCCACAGCGAAGGGAAGGAAACAUAAAAGUUUCGAGGAAAACGCUGAAGUAAGGAAGAAAUAUGAGUGAUACAGGUGCCAACGGAGUGUCUACAUUGGAGAAACGUACGACCGGUGUUGUGCCGUAGAAUGCACCCCUUCAUCCCAUCAACUCAUUAUCUUCUUUAAGUGGAGGAAAAUGAUCUCAUAUUUAAAAAAAAAAACAUGAAUAUUGAAUCAUGACAGCAUGUCAAAUGGAGCAGCAAACUUUCGUUCUGUUUUUAUGUGGCUCAAAAAUGCACAUAGAGGUGUACUUGGGUAUAUACUGUACAGUGAACUGUCAAGUUAGAGAACAUUAUAUUUUCGGCAUAUCUGAAUGGCCUGAAUGAAAUCAUUAAAGGCACACACUUUUGAAUCCAUCCAAUGGGGGGGGGGGACUCAAAUCUGUCUCAACAGCCAAACUGGUUUUCAGAUUGCAGACCAUACCAUAGCUUUAAGUUAUCUGGUUCUGGUUAAAGUUUUUCAACUAUGGGAGCUUAUGAUGGUCAUUUGUACUCACUUUGAAUCCACAAUUUGCAUGAAUGUGUUACUGUUUAGUGGAAUGAUUGAUAAUGAUGAUUAACUAAACCAAAAUAUUUCAAUGUGCUGCUAUUCAUACACCUAACAGCAUAUUACCAAGUCCUGAUCUCAUGCCUAGCCUCAUCACCACAUGCCCUAAAUGUUAUCCCUUGGAGGGUUACAGAGAGUCAAGACUUUGUCGGCGUCUGCAGAAGAAAACAAUCUGCCUGAGACCAGGUAUUCCUUGUGCCAGUGCCAAAAACAACCCCCUCACUUGGAGCUGGAAGGUUUUUACAAGAAACCAGACGCGACUGUUCCCCUGCCGCAGCACCAGGCAUUUUGGGAGGAAAAAAUAUUCUCAUGUGACCUUCAGAGCAACCUGACAGGAGCUCCCUCAGCACUGCUUUAUUACACAAAGCCACACACAGACUCUCUCGCUGUCUAGCAUACACAAACACACCUACAGUUCUUUCCAUCCUCCUUCCUUCACCCUCGUUCUUUUUGUGUUGAUGGCAAGCCCUCCUUGUCCUUACUUUUAGCGGCUGACUCACCAUGAAUACUUCUCGCAGGUCUGCCCUUCCUCUGCGCAUCUUUUCUGCUCUUGAUCACAAACCCUUGAAAUCUGAGGAACCUGAUUUUGGUGUUUUCAUUAGCCAUGUUUUCUUGAUCUGAUUAAAAACUGAUUGGAUUGGAAAAUCUGAGUCCAAUUCUGAAUAUGGGUGCAAAAUUGAAUAAUCUGAUCAUGUCGUGCGUACACAUGCACCGAGUUUUAUUCAGAUUAGAAGCAUUUGGACAUGUGCAGAGUUGUCUUAAUUUUGCUAAAACCUCCUGUACUGGCCUCAAUAAAUAAGCCAAAGGCUAAAGGGUGAAGACUGAGUCAGGUUAGAGAGUCACAAUCGGAGUAAGUGUUUACAUGGACGUGUUUCGGAAUAAUGAUCGGCAUUAACCACCCCCUUGAUCGAAAUACAGUUUCUUUCCGAUUGAGCCGAAUUCGAUCAGAAUCUUCCAAUCGACAUGUUUACAUGACGCAUUUUUAUUCCGAUCAGGCCUUUAUUAUGGUUAUUUGUGCCCAUGUAAACGCAGCUAUUUUCUGUCUCCAUGACACUGCUGUCAUCUGAACCUUAGGCCAGUUGUAAUUCCUGAAAAUGAUGAUCUAGGAAUUAAGUUUGUUUGAGCUGCUUUUUGUCAAACAUCUAACUCACCCAUCUAAGAUAGCUUUUAAACAUGGAUUAAAAAUGUAUGUAAUAUGUAGAGGUCUUAAAGUGUUUUAUUAAAUCCAUUUGGAUUCUGCUGAAGAAAAAUAUCUACCUUUCUGUCUGAGGUCAUAUGAGGGAGGCAAAAAUUAGUGUUUGGUUAAAUCAUCACUUUGCUGCUGCAAGUCACAAGAACAGUCACAGCUUAAAAUGUAAAAUCAGGAGGAAAGGAUUUUAAGAAAUGCUUUUUAUCCUGCGGUUUACAGUCAGAAUCCUCAUAAAUAAAAUCCAUGGUUCUUUGGAUCCGUCAUACCCACUGAUCUUAACAGCUGUGAAUGCACAGAAGCGUGAAUGAUUGAACAGAUGAAUAUAAAGUCAGCUGGGGAGAUAAAAAUCUGUUUGAGUUAUGAAAUAAACAUUUUCUCAAAUGUAACACAGAUGGAGGUUUGUCUGUCUGCUUGGAAGAAACAUUUCAAAACAGAUGGAGUGAAUUGUCCCUGGCUUGUCACUCCAGCAGUUAUGACAGAUAGUUGUAAAACUGUCUAGCGAAAAUCUUAAAUAAACAGAAAUGUCAAUUAUGGCCGGCUGGUGAAAAGCCAUCCUCUCUUAGAGAAGAAAUACGAUAGAGUGUAAUCCACAACUUGCAGUUGAAACCAGAAGUGUGCACUAUAUAAAAAGGCACAUAACCUUUUUUUCCUCACUGUCUAACAUUAAAUCAGAUUAAACUUUUACUGUUUUUGGUCAAUUAGGAUCACCAAAAUUAUUUUCAUUUUUAAAAUAAUGAGAGAGAAUUUUUUAGACAAUUUUUUAUAAUUUUCUUGAGAGUCAAAAGUUUACAUACAUUUCAUUAGUAUUUGGUAGCUGCCUUUAAAUCGUGUGACUUGGGUUAAAUGUUUUAGAUAUGCCUCCACAAGCUUCUCACAAUAGUUUGCAGGAAUUUUGUCCCAUUUCUCCUGACAGAACUGGUGUAACUGAGCCAAGUUUGUAGGCUGCCUUGCUCGCACAUGACUUUUCAGUUCUGCCAAUAAAUUUUAAAUAGGAUUGAGAUCAGGGCUUUGUGAUGGCCACUUCAAAACACUGACUUUGUUAUCUUACACCACUUUGUAACCAGUCUGGCAGUAUGCUUAGGAUCACUAUCCAUUUGGAAAACCCAUUUGCGCCCAAGCUUUAACUUCCUGGCUGAUGUCUUGAGAUGUUGCUUCAGUAUUUCCACAUAGCAUACUUGUCCCUCCUGCUUCAAAACAACUCCACAACAUGAUGCUGCCACCUUCAUAGUUCAUAGUUAGGAUGGUAUUUUCAGGCUUGCAAGCUUUCCCUUUUUCCUCCAUUUCAAAGCCACUCCAAAGCUCCAUUUCAGUUUCAUCCACAGGACAUCUUAAAAAUCAAGGUCUUUGUCCCUUUGUGCAUUUGCAAACUGUAAUCUGACUUUUUAUGUUUCUUUUGGAGUCAUGGCUUCUUCCUGGACUCCUUUCACUGUUGAUAAUGACACACUCUUACUAGCUUCAGCCAGCAUCUUCACAAGGUCUUUUGCUGUUGUUCUUGGGUUGUUAUUCACAUUUUGGACCAAAGCACGUUCAUCUCUGGGACACAGAACCCGUCUACUCCCUGAGCGGUAUGAUGUCUGGACAUUUCCGUGGUGUUUAUACUUGCAUAUAAUUGUUUGAACGGAUGAAAAUGGCACCUUCAGGCAUCUGGAAAUUGCACUCAAGGAUGAACCAGACUGCUGUAGGCCCACAAUUCUCUUCCUGAUAUCUUGGCAGAUUUCUUUUGAUUUUUCCCAUGAUGUUACACAAAGAAGCAGUGUGUUUCAGGUGUGCGCUAAAAACAUCCACAGGUGUGUCUCUAAUUAACUCAAAUGUUGUCAAUAAACCUAUCAGAGGCUUCCAAAGACAUGAUAUCAUCAUCUGGACUUUCCCAAAUUGUGUAAAGGCAUAGUCAACUUAGUGUAUAUAAACUUUUAGCUCUUGAGAAAAUAAUAAAAAAUUGUCUAAACAAUUCUCUCUCGCAUUAUUCUGGCAUUUAGCAAAUAAAAGUAAUUUUGGUAAUCCUAAUUGACCUAAAACAAGAUAAGUUUAAUCUGAUUUAAUAUUAGAUGGUGAGUUAAAAAAAAGGUUAUGUGCCUUUUUGUAUUUACUUCUGGUUUCAACUGUAUAUAGAUGAAGAGACCAGAUCCUGUUAAGAAAACAAUAAGUCAGCCAUGCUGCAAAUCCAAUUUUGACUGAAGGUCUGCAGAGGUAAGAAAGUGUGUAUUAAAGUGAGCAAGCUGACACUGGACUGAAACAAGUCACUGCGGGAUGUUGAGUACACACACAGAACAAUCCAAAGUUGAAUCAUAACAGGAGCAGAUCAGCCCAUGUGUUUCUUCUUUCACUCGGGAGAGAAGCUGAGUUUACUCAGGACACAGUCCCUCUCUAAUCCGCUGAUGUUGGCGUGUUUCUGCUCGGGUGUUCUUGGCUGUUUCAAACCACACACACACACACACACACACACAGACAGACUGUCUGCCUGUGUGUGAAUGUUUUAAUGAGAUUACCGGUGCUUUAACCACCCUGCCCCCGUGCUGAACCAAACUCAGCGAUAACUACCCCUGCUAAUAAGACCUACGAUGACCCCGCAGGGUCUCCUCCAGCCAAUAAUGUGACGUUGCUGAAGUUCAGCUUUGACCCUGCCAGCUAAUGUUAGUCUGACAGGAGUCGCCUCAACUGUAAAUGCAACUAUAACAACUUCAUCAGAUUAGAUAGGAUUUGACAUUAGCACAAGUUUGAUUCAUAUUUGAGUUCAUACAGUGCUGUACUGAUGGCUUUAUUUUUGUGACAUAUUUUCAGAUGGUUUUGCUUCAGAGCUCCUUUGCAGCCGUUGUCUCAUCUUACUGUGUCAGCAUGGAUUCCAACACAAGCCUGAACUUGCUUUAUCAUUAUCUGUGCUGUUAGAGGUCUAAACAUUAAACAUUUGCAGGGGCCUGAAAGGAAAAGAGGUUUGUAAGUUCAUAUGAGGCUGCAUGCUAUCAUAAAAAAAAGUUUUUAUGUUUCUGUGAUACUGACAGACCAGAUAUGCUCUUACUAAUGGCUUUAUAUUUAAGUAAUACAAUUGCACUUUUUAUUAAUUGGAUUUUUAAGUUUGUUUUCUGCUCCUCAGUCAGCUGCACUUCUACAUUUGACAUGUUUUCAAUAAACUUAACUGAUAAAUGCAACUGACUUCAUGCGGUUUUUUCAAUAACUGAAGUUAAUAGGUGUUUGGAGUUGUGUUAACAGUUUUACAAAGUUACAAUAUCAUUCAGCAGACACUUCUUUUUAAAUAGUGUUCAGCUUAUAGUAAACACUACAAAAGCAAGGAUCUAGGUAGUGGGAAACAACUCGAGCAAGUGCCACAAACUGCCUCAGGUCCACAAAGGUACUGACAUGAAGCUCUCCAGGCAAUGCACACAGGCAGUUUAUUGACCCUGAGGUGAUUUCAUUGGCAGAUAGUCACAAGGGACCGGGACAAGAGAUUCUAAGUAGACAGGAGCCUGUUAUCGUUAUUGUUGUUUUGUAGCCAAGAAGUAGGAUUUUAAACUUAAUUUAAGUGGCAAGUGGAAGUGGGUGGAAGUGGAACAGCAGUCCUAGUUGAAUGUAAAGAGUGGAGUUGUGUAUAAUAGUAAUAAGACACAGUGAAGACUUUGAGUCUCAUUCAUGACUUGGAGUAGAACAAAAUUCACAAGCAAACUGUAAUUCAUCGAUGUUUUAGUAGUUUUAGUUUGUUUAUAGCUACUAACAGGGUUAGGGUUAUCUGCACCUGCCUCUAACCAUGAGUAGAGUUUGUGUAAGUGAAGAGAACUCAGUAAUAUUAAUUGUUAUCAGAUAUCACUAUUUUGAUAAAUACUGUGAUCUGUUCUGUUCACAACAGGAUGGAAAAAAAACAAUUUAAAAGGGAUUAAAAAAUCUAUUUUUAACACAUUUAGUGAAUUUUUUUUGGCAAUAAGCAGAUUUCAGCUUCAUUUAAGCUUCGAAAUACGAAAUGGGUUGAAGUAUGCAAGUUUCUCUGUGUUCCAUGUAGGCCUGGACGAUAUAGAAAAAAAGCAUAUCGAUAAAAAAUAAAUCAUAUUGAUCGAUAUCGAUAAUUAUCGAUAUAAUUAUUAUAAUUAUUUAACAUAUAUUUUAAUUGCAGCCCUGGAUGUUUUAUGCUAUUGCUUAAUGACCUACUUUUAAUAAAGAACACACAAGCACUGAAUUCAAAUUCAAACCUUUAUUCAACCACCUUUUCAUUUUACCACAACUGAAAGUUUUUUUUAAAAAAGAACUAAAAAAAAAAAGAAAUCAACUUAAGUGGCCUGAGUGACGUCAGUAAAUACUGACAAACAUAAAGACUAAAGUGACCAGAAAAUCUGAUAAAUAUUUAAAUAGUCUUUUGAUGAAAAUAAACAAAACAAACAAAUAUAUAAAUAAACAGAAUAGCUUUAGGUGGGAAUAGCAUACUACCAGUUUUAACUGUGUGGGAAACUGCCCACAGCCUGGUGUCUGAACACUUAAAUAUUUCUCCCGGGGUCGGGAGAUUUAUUUUUUUUAAUUAUCAUGUGAUUGACUUAAUACACAAACUAAGCACGAGAAGCAGGACUUAUCCACGCCGGUGUUGUGUCGUAGAAUGCACCCCUGCCGAAUGCACCCCCUGCUAGUAGCCAUGAUCCAAAUACUCGCGUCUUUGUAAAAUAUGAGCUCAUUUGAACGUAUUUCCUCCGCACCCUUCUCACCUUUUCAACCCCUGACCCAUUUUCAUGCCUGAAGCGCUGUGUUUGAGAAAUACUUGCGGCCGGGCACUUCAUAUCGCGGGUCGAGAGUGGCUAGAAGCUGGUCGAAGCCAGGCUUUUCAACGGUAGUUAUUGGCAGUAUGUCCCUCGCUAUGGAGCAUGUUACUGCAUGGGUGAUGUCCUUAUGCCGCUCGGACGCUUUGUCGUAUUUUGGCAAGAAACAAAGUCCAGUUUGGUCUGCUUCACAUGCUUUGUGCUGGUGCUGGCAGCGGUUCCAGAGGAUUCCUCCUCCGACGACGACGUGGAGCCGCGGCGCGGCCGACACAGCUCGUACUCCUGCGGGUGCGAUCGGUUUAGAUGGUAAAACAGGUUGGUUGUGUUACCAGACUUGGUUUUUACUAAUUCUCCGCAAAUUUUGCAAACGACCGCUGUUCGCUUUUUGUCAGACUUCUAAAAACCAAAACAUUGCCAUGCUGGUGAACUACUGAAACCUUUUUUCGGGACAAUGUACUCCGCUUCUCCGUGCUGUAUCAUUUUUUCUAAUACACGUGCUGUCUGUUGUGGUUUGAUAGGGGCUGGGCUUGGUGCCGUAGCGUACCUGGGUCUGCCUUUGUGAUUGGUUAGGAGGAAGUAAUGACUGUAGUAAAAGCUACAUGAUAGGCUAUGAUGAAAAAGAAAGGGAAACUGUGUUUUUCUAUCGAACUUUUUAUCGACCUGUUUUUUUUCUAUCGCACCACACGUCUAUCGAUCGAUAUAUAUUGUUAUCGAAUUAUCGUCCAGCACUAGUUCCAUGACAAAAUAUCGAUAAAAAAUAUUGAUUGCCUUACACUGUCCCUUUGGUUUGGUGUGGCAUUGACAGCGCCACUCUGCACAGCUUGGACUAGUUUGGAGAAAGGAGCAGUGCGAGACGGCUGGUUUGUCAGUAAGAAUAUAAACCCACACUCAUGAGAAUCACUGGUGAGGAAGCCUUUCUAGCAGGUGCCUUGUAGCUUCUUUGAAUGCAUAACCAUAUUUUGUUUACUCACCAACACAUGGAUGCACAUAAAACCUAAAGUGUUAGCCUGUUUGGAGCUUCUGCGAUUCCUCUUACACCAAAAUGAUCACCGACACUGAGAAGCAGUUAGUUCAGCAGGACCAUCUGUGUUGAUGACUGAGGCUGAUCCCUAAUUAGAAAGAACAGGAAAACACGGCUCCUGCUAGCUUCCCCCUUAUGUUAGAGUUACAUAAGCAGGCCAGGUAUGUGUAUAAGCAAUAAUUUACUACAGGCUGUACAAUGUAGUGUUUGCGAAUGUUAAAAACCCAAUGCAAAGACAUGCAAAUAAAUCAGCAUGUCUUCUAGAUAGAAAGUACUCUUGUAGUUCACUUAUUCCUAGGAAAUCGUUUGAUCGUUUUCAUAGUAUUUUAAAUUCUGUGUCUUACUCCAGAUUCCAAAUAUGUUCUGUUAAAAUGUAAAUAUGCAAAUUGAAAAAAAAAACACACUUUGGAGGAUGCUACGAUGCUCUUCUUUGUGCUGAAAAAAACAAAACAUAAAUCCCUCUGGAGACUUCCUUAAUUUCUCUCUGAGCUUGUGGUUACUAGUAUUAAAUACUUGAGUGCACCUUUUUGCUUCUUUAUGUCUCUUUUGUAAAGUUCAGCACCAGUGUAAACAUUACUUAGCAGAGGAAUGUAGGCAAGGUUGGUGUUGCUUGUGUGUGUAGCAGGGUGGAGGAGGGGUGAGUUUAAGGUUGUACCGUGAUAUUGAGGAGUCACAUCCUGUUUUCCUGAACAAAUGUUCUUCUGAAAACCUUUAACCCACCCACUAGUGCCCCUUGCCUCCCUCCAGGAGACAGUUGCUGUGCUACAGCUGCAAACACAUCUGCUGUAAGGAGGAAAGACUCAAUCUGAGUGUGUUUGGGAGGAAAAUCACGCUCUGACACAUUCAGGUAGCUUUUUGCCAGAGCUGUCAUGCCCGCACUGUCAAGUCGAGUCACGUUGACAAGGCGUCUCUUCUGCUGCAGCUCCUCUGCUCAUUUUAGAUGAUGUGGUAUUGCAUCUGCAUCUGUUCUGUGCUGCAGAGCCUGCAGUCUUCCACACUGUAAUCACUGUGAUUUUCAGACCAGACAUGCAUACUCAAUCCAAACAGUGCUGUCACUCUGGUGGCUGCUCAGCCUGCCUCCAGGUCCUUGUGUCCCAAUUUCACCCCAAAGUCUGUUUUUUCGGCCCUUUAUUAAUCUUUUUUUUAAUCAUGUCUAACUUCAAGUUUUGAAAGUAUUUCUCCCCAUCAUACCCCUUUCUGGUAUGAUGUAUUUCAUUAUACUUUCACCUCCUACGCAAUAUUUCUUUAAUGUUUGUUUCCCCAAGACUUACCAAUUCAGAGUGUAUUAAAAAGAAAAAAAGGAUUAAUUUUAUCUAAUAUUUGUUUAUUAAAUAAGCAUUUGUGGAAUAAAAUAUGUUCCAGUGUUAAAGAUAUAAAUGGUGUACUUGGUGUAUUGUCAUUUUAGGAAUUAAAAAUCUUAACAACAUGCAUCAAACUGCCUUCUAGGGCUAGGCGAUAUGGCCUCAAAUCAAUAUCACAAUAUAUUGAGCAGUUCACCUCUAUAACGAUAAAUGGACGAUAACUACUCCACAAGCUGCUCACCCCCUCCCUCAUUAACUCCAUUUACUCUAGCUGCUACAACUUUUGAAGCGUCCUCCAUCUCCUCACCUGUCUUUCCCUCGUUAUUAUGGACUGAAUGGGGUGGAGUCACGUCUCUGAUGUAGGACACUAGCGUCUUAAAAGGGACAUGAGACCAUAGCCUACCUACACACAUCCAAGACCAACUUAUAUUUAUUUAUUUUUUUGACGCCGAAUAUACAGAUUUGGGCAAAAUGUCGCCGGUUAUUGACGUAAAUUUCGGAUUCAGUAAAUUUUCGGUUUAUCGCCCAGCCCUACUGUCUUCCAUAUUCCCUAACUUCUGUAACCAUAGCAGCCAUAUGAUUGUUUUUUGUCAGUUAAGGCCCUAACUGAAUUAAUUGAUUGCCCAUCCAUAAUAUGUGUGGACUGAAGAGAUGAUAUGAAAAAUAAAAGAUAUAUCUUUGCUCAUAUGAAGAGCUGGUGCCACCUCUUAGGCAGAUAUAGACAGACAGGAAACAAGAACAUGAGCUCAGGCCAGAUGUACAUCAGAGGGUCAGGGCCAAAGGUCAAACCAGCAACUUGAAAAUGUCCGUCCCUCCUUUUCUCCUUCUAACUGAGCUCUACAAGAAUCCUUUGGUACCUUAGCUCCAAGCCUCAGUGAUGCUGCUGACAUCAAACAUGAGAACAAGAAAUAAACACAAUGAUAAUAUUUGUAAGAAGAUGUGCUUCUGUCCCCUACCUGCAGGAUAUCUUGUAGGGGUGUCCUGAUAAGAUAUUGAUAUUGGUCCGAUAUCAGCAAAAAAAAUGACUAUCGGGUUAUACUGGCCUGCAUCUAUAAUCUCUAAUAUCAGCACUCCGAUACAAGCAGUCCAUUCCAGACUCCACUCUGGCACCUCUAUCUAGCAGCGCCCAGAUCCAGCAUGCAGAGCUCCCAUAAUCACAACAACAGUGUGUACUAAGAUACUAACAAAGUAGCAAGGAGUAGGAGUGAUGUCGGCCGUGAAGCGGUAUUUUUUGUUUAAGUCUGAAAAAGACAUUGCAGCUGAGUGAAAAACUUGUGAUGCACGAUUUUGCACCAAUAUUGGAUCAAUAUCAGUAUUGGACAAUGCUGAAGGCUACAAUAUCGGCAUUGUAUUGGAAGUCAAAAAGUUGUUUCAGGACACCCAUAAUCUUGGCUGCUAAGAUCACAGAGAUCACAUUUUACUUCUUCCAUAUCUACACCUUUAACCUGAACUCUCACAUCUUGGAUAAGAGUUGAUGACAAUGCAGUUCCUAGUGAACAAAGCAGAUUUUGCAUAAAAUAAUAAUAAUAAAGUCCAGGCGAGCCCUUAAAAUAUUCAAAGCAGUAUUAAAUCUCUAUCAUGGAAACUUCCUGCUGUGAAAACGCCUGUGAUGCAGCUGGACUAGUAGCAACAGAGACUUUGGCAGAACUUUUGAUUUUGUCUCCAGUCAGUGGUUUUAACUCAAGGUGACAUUUUCUCUUUGAGUAAGAGGCACUCCGUGUGUGUUGGUGUGUGAAGGACUAAGGACCUGCUAAUAAAAGUGAUACCAUGGAUGUGCGCAGGAUGCAGCUGGAGGCUAAGGUUGCCUGUUUGCCGCUUCAGCAACCAGCCAUUAAAAGAGGCAGUCAUGUGAAUACAGCAGGUUCUUUAUAAAGCUCAACAUUUUCUUUCUCAUUCUCUGUCGACACACCAAGAAUAACACUCUACUAUCCUCCAUUUCAAUGCAAGUAUGUCAGUGGCAUUUUACGAGGCUGCACUGUGGGUGUGAAUAUCAAGACGAGAUGAUUAAAUACUUGAACCACAAACAAUGUACACUACUGACUAAACUUUCCAACUGUCAUUCAUCAUUAUUUAUAUGGUCUGACUGGUUGAUCUUCACAUAGUGGAAGUAAACUGCUUUGAAGGGUUUUCAUUUUUUAAACCAAAGAUAUACGUUCUAGUCUCUAUCUCCCGUCCUUUUCUGUAUGUUUCUCACUCAAAGACGAAAGUGACUCAUGUGUUAUUGACACUCAAACAGCUGGAGCAUUGAUGCUGGUUCUGACGCAGCGACAUAAAAAGGCAACAAAUUCCACUUUCUGUAAAUCCGCUUGAGUCUUAAAAGGCCUGUAUGAUAUUUUCGGCUGUAAAUCUUGAGUGGAUUUAUCUCUGAAAGAAGUCUUUGUUUUAAUUAUCAUGAGGAGGAGAGCAGAGGGAGGAUGUGCGUGUAUGUUGGAGGUGCUGUAGGUAUGACAUAACAGUCAGGCAGGCUUGAGAGCUCCGAGUAGGAGAGCAGCAGGCUGUUUGCACGCAUAUGAUAAUAAAGUCACUCCUGAAAGUGCUCAGGAGCAGAAGUCUGUGUGUGUGAAGCUGGUGUGUCAGGAAAACAGUCAUGUUUAUGUUCAGUAUGAGGAAACAGAAUACACGAUAAACACUGAGAUAAGUUAGGCAGUAACAAAGAGUUAACUUUAUGUCAACAUGUGUGAAGAAUCUAAGACAUGCUGAGAUUUCUCCUCUCAGUAACAAUAAACUUCACAUUAUUCUGUGACAGAACCUUGACUCAACGGGGGGCUCUUAUUUUGGAGAGCUCUGUAAUCCGUCUGGUGCACGUACAUCCGCUCUGGGCAGCCAGUACUGCAUACACCAGAUAAAGUUGCAUACCAGGAUGUUAUUUUCCUGGCAGUAAAGCUUUGAGUCUAAAAAUAAUCAAAAGAGGUCCUUGCUAGAGAAGGUAUCCAAACUCCCUUUGAGAAACACCUGAUAUAUGUACAUGCAAAAUUUGUGACGUCUCGUGAGUAAUGUUGGUUGAUUACUGUUACACACCUUAUUAUGCCACCGUGGUUUGAGUCGGUAAGAUCUCUACAUGAUUCAUGAGUAAACACUUUCUGCAUAUAAUGACACAAUGUUCUAACUGAAAGCAUUUAUGUCUGUCCAUCUCUCUGAUUUUCUCUCUCUUACAGGAUGAGACAGGAGCCUAUGUCAUUGACAGAGACCCCACAUACUUCGGCCCCAUCCUGAACUACCUGCGGCAUGGCAAACUGGUCUACAACAAAGAGCUGGCUGAAGAAGGUCUUUGAUCAGGGGGUCGCUGUUGCAUGAGUUUUUGUUUGUUUUGUCCUAGGAAACAGGGGGUGCUCAUUCAGUACUGUAUAUCUCUUAUGAUGUUUUCUUUUUGAGUGUCUCAUUGAACAAAAAAGGUUAAAAUACAAAACACAAAUCAAAACUGCCAAUUAAACAUCAAGUGUGUACUCACUUCUCCCUCCAGCAUGAACUAAGCUGUAACAUGUGAGACUGAGCCGAGUGUUUCCUUGUUUUCAAGGUGUCCUGGAGGAGGCGGAGUUUUACAACAUCACCCCACUGAUCAAACUCAUCAAAGAGAGGAUUGUGGAAAGGGACUCCAAAGCCACACAGGUAUACACACAACUAGUCAAAGUAUUUCAAAGCUAUUACGCUGCUGUGAUAGUUUUGAACGAGAAACAUUAGCUCCUUCAGUUACUGCACCAGUUUUUCUAGGCAGUGUUAAUUAUGUGGUGGCGUCAGUGCAACGCCUUUCAAUCACUCUUUUUCAGUGAUUUCACUCCUCUUUGCUUCUCUUCAAAGAGCGCAGCUAUACAUCAGGCUCCUCUCCUCGUUCUUUUUCUAUGGCUGGUUGCACUCACUCUUACAUAACUCCGCUGCUGUAUCAAACACCCACUAGCGUUCGCCUGGGGUUACAUAUUGUAGAGGAUCAUAUUAAAGGAGAGCUUGUGGGCCUAGCCUAUGACUGUGUCAUUUAUUUCCCUUUGAUUGCUGUCCAGUGCCUUCAUUUCAGGUUGGCACGGUUAGUAUGGACCUGAUCAGCUCUGUGUGAGUGCAGUGCCCAACUGAAUGGCCUGUGAUCAAAUCAAUCCAGCAGCAGGGUGGAGAUUAUACUCACUAUUAAAAACAGUUUUCCCUUUAUUUAUUAGGGGUGGGAAUCUCUAGUUGCCCCACGAUACGAUACGAUAUUUAGGGUUGGGUAUCAUUUGAUUUUGAACAAUUCUGGUUCCGAUUUAAAUGAGGGUGCUAACCGGAGUUCUUUUUGGAGGAAAUUUCUGAACUUCUCCAUGAAUUUUUACAUUAUAUUAACUUUUUAAGAACUUUACUAUGAAUUUCUCACAGGGCGAUUUUCAACAGUAUAUCAAUUUUUGUUGUCGGGUCGUUGCAAUGCACUCUCUCUCUCUCCCUCUCUCUUCUCUCUCUCUGUGUGGCUUCGUCUCAUACGCUCUGUCCUUGUUGGUGUUAGGCGGCUUCUUCUUCAUUGGUGUCUAGCGGCGUCUUCCUCGCUGGUGGUCGGCAGACUUCAGCAUCAAAACUUGGAAUUGAAAUUUUAAAAUUUGAACGGUUCCGGGAGAAUCGGAUGUUAGUCCCAGUCCCCAUCGAUGCUCGAGACUCGAUGCCCAACCCUAACGAUAUUAUCACAAUACUAGGGCCACGAUACGAUAUUAUCGCGAUAAUUGGGCCAUGAUAUAUUAUUGCAAUUUUUAAUAUUUUGCAAUACAGAGAGUAUUGCAGUACAAUAAACUGUGAUUUAUACAUUUUUUUUGAACUGUUAAGCUAAUUUAGCAUUUGUCUUUUCUUUAUGUUUGUCUUAUUUACACUGUUUUGUUUUUAAGAAGCACAUCUUGCAAACCUUACAUAUACACUCACCGGCCACUUUAUUAGGUACACCUGUCCAACUGCUCGUUAACACUUAAUUUCUAAUCAGCCAAUCACAUGGCGGCAACUUAGUGCAUUUAGGCAUGUAGACAUGGUCAAGACGAUCUCCUGCAGUUCAAACCGAGCAUCAGUAUGGGGAAGAAAGGUGAUUUGAGUGACUUUGAACGUGGCAUGGUUGUUGGUGCCAGAAGGGCUGGUCUGAGUAUUUCAGAAACUGCUGAUCUACUGGGAUUUUCACGCACAACCAUCUCUAGGGUUUACAGAGAAUGGUCCGAAAAAGAAAAAAUAUCCAGUGAGCGGCAGUUCUGUGGGCGGAAAUGCCUUGUUGAUGCCAGAGGUCAGAGGAGAAUGGCCAGACUGGUUCGAGCUGAUAGAAAGGCAACAGUGACUCAAAUAACCACCCGUUACAACCAAGGUAGGCAGAAGAGCAUCUCUGAACGCACAGUACGUCGAAGUUUGAGGCAGAUGGGCUACAGCAGCAGAAGACCACGCCGGGUGCCACUCCUUUCAGCUAAGAACAGGAAACUGAGGCUACAAUUUGCACAAGCUCAUCGAAAUUGGACAAUAGAAGAUUGGAAAAACGUUGCCUGGUCUGAUGAGUCUCGAUUUCUGCUGCGACAUUCGGAUGGUAGGGUCAGAAUUUGGCGUCAACAACAUGAAAGCAUGGAUCCAUCCUGCCUUGUAUCAACGGUUCAGGCUGGUGGUGGUGGUGUCAUGGUGUGGGGAAUAUUUUCUUGGCACUCUUUGGGCCCCUUGGUACCAAUUGAGCAUCGUUGCAACGCUACAGCCUACCUGAGUAUUGUUGCUGACCAUGUCCAUCCCUUUAUGACCACAAUGUACCCAACUUCUGAUGGCUACUUUCAGCAGGAUAAUGCGCCAUGUCAUAAAGCUGGAAUCAUCUCAGACUGGUUUCUUGAACAUGACAAUGAGUUCACUGUACUCAAAUGGCCUCCACAGUCACCAGAUCUCAAUCCAAUAGAGCAUCUUUGGGAUGUGGUGGAACGGGAGAUUCGCAUCAUGGAUGUGCAGCCGACAAAUCUGCAGCAACUGUGUGAUGCCAUCAUGUCAAUAUGGACCAAGCUCUCUGAGGAAUGCUUCCAGCACCUUGUUGAAGCUAUGCCACGAAGAAUUGAGGCAGUUCUGAAGGCAAAAGGGGGUCCAACCCGUUACUAGCAUGGUGUACCUAAUAAAGUGGCCGGUGAGUGUAUUUGUUGCACUAAAUUUCUCCUGCUCUAUGAUGUCGCCUCUUCCAACCUCACGGGACAAUUAUCUUAGACAAUUCAUUUGAAAAAAUCUGUGGUCAGUGAGACAAUACGAUAUAUCACCAGACAAAAUAUCGCGAAACUUUGCUCUAUUGAUUUUCCUCCCACUCCUAUUAUUUAUCUCUUUAAAAUAAAAAAUAACACGAAUUCAUCUCCUUUCCUAAACUCUGUCUCUUUUCUCUCCCCAGCAGGUGCCCCCCAAGCAUGUUUACCGAGUGUUGCAGUGCCAGGAAGAGGAGCUGACCCAGAUGGUCUCCACGAUGUCGGACGGCUGGAAGUUUGAGCAGGUCAGCGUGCGCGCCUGCAGAAAGCCCCGCACCGGACUGCUCUGGACUGUGGGUUGGACUCACGCUGCUGCUGACCCUUAAAUCUUGACCCUUGGCCUGACCCCUUGGCCCUCACCUGAGCCCUGCUGUCUGCACUCCCUAAAUGAGUUUAGGACUCUCAGAUACAACAUUUGUCACGGAUUUAUUAAGCUUGAACAGGAUUAAUACAGUUAGCCGUCUAUUCUCUAAUAAGUCAAAUCUAAAAUAUUAUCCUCUGAACUUUAAAAUAGAUGAAGACACGGUACCACUCCAUGAGCAGUCCACCUGAGCAUCAGUAUCUUUGACAGAAAAGGUUCAGAGCCCAUGAAGGGCUUUUAUGGUGCUGCAGUGACCAAAGAGAUAACUUUACAGCAUUUCGACCUUUUUCUUCACUUAAAAAACAAAACUAUAGAUCGAUUAAUUGAGGAAAAUCAUGUUUGUUGACUUUAACCAUGCUCGCAGCAGUAGACCUGUUUUAAUUCCUACAAUGUCAGGGUAAAGAUCAUUGGGAACAGAGCGACCUCAUUUCAUUACCGCUCAUAGACUGAACACAGAAAUAGAACAAAAAUAUUGAUUCUUGGAGCCACAAUCAUCUCGCCUAGUGCGAACACAAACUUUUUAUGGGUCGAGUGGCUUCAGUUUGUUGAUGCGCUGUCAUACUGACAGACUUGCAUCUCUGAGAGCUUCAUGGAGUCUCACUAGGUCAGCCCAUCCGCAAUUUAGCCUAGAGUUUGCUUGUAGCUCCCCUUGCCUCCUCCUCCUCCUCCGCUUUCUCUUGCUUUGGCACUUUGCUCCACUGCAUGCUGCACAGCCAUGAUUUGUUUCCCACAGAAGCUGACCCACAGUCGUUUUGAUGUUCCCACAGUAGGAGUUUCUCCACUGUUGAGUGUUUUAAUAGCAGGCUAAGGACCCCACCCCACCUUGUUCAUCCACACCUGCAUGAGCCCAAGAGUCUUUCCUCGCUUAAGUCCGGGAUGUCAGCUCUCUCAGCUCCUUCCUUUCUCCUGCUUUUAGUUUUCUCAGCUGCCACCCUUACUCCUGUCAGACACUCAUCCCGCUUCUCUCUGUCUCUGUUUAUCUUUCUGUAUCUGUGUCUUUUUUUAGAUGGUCAACAUCGGCUCGUCGUACAGCUACGGGACAGAGGACCAGGCCGAGUUUCUGUGUGUCGUAUCUAAGGAGCUCCACACCCCUGGGUCUGGACUGGGCACGGAGCAGAGCCACAAAACCAAGGUGAAUGAUUUUUUUCUUCACUGUAGGAUCAAGCUGCCAGGUUGUGAGUCCACAUGCGCUGUCCUUGUUGUGUGUGUGUGUGUGUGUGUGUGUGUGUGUGUUAUUUUCUGUGUUUGUGUGGAAGAGAAGGAGAGUAUCUCCUUUCGUGGAAGGGAGUGUGAGUGUGCUUUGAUCGUGCGCUCUCCACUCAGCGCUCCAAAUGUCACUCACCUCGAAAUGUCAUUCACAAAAUCAUUCGCUCCAUCCUUCACACUGCCUCUCCUUUCUUUCCUGCUGUGAUUGACUUUUCCUCUCGUCUACCUCUCACUGUAUCACCUUUUUUUUCUCUCCUUCAAAUGGAUAUAUGGACAUAUAUCUGUCCUCCUUUUAUAUUUACCUCUCAGCCUAUCACAGACCACUCACUGACACUCAUCAACAUGUUCAUUCUUUUGUCGUUUUUUUUGUCUCGUUCUUUUUUCUUUUCUGUCGUGUUUCCCCCCCCUCCACCCAUCAUGCUGAUUGAAGUCCUCGGAGAUGCAGGAGGAGGAAGCUGCAAAGGAUGAGGAGGAAGAGGAGGAGGAGGAGGGAGGGAGAGAUACCACACCGAAUGAGUGGCUUAGAGAAUGAGGGAGUCAUGUUUCUUUGUUCCAAAGAGAGGCGGGAAUGGGUGAGGAACUGUGCGCUGGAUGUGAUAGUGGGUAGACCAAGUAGAUAUUAGUGUGUGUUUGUUUGUGUGUAUUCUGUAUGUGUGUGUGAUUUCAACAGUAAUUGUAGUUGUUUCAUGUCAGAGCAUCGAGGAUGACCUCUGUAUCUCUGAGAUCACUUUCCAUUACGUAAGUCUUAUAAACAAAUGUAAGUGGAUGAGUAAACAUGAACAUGUAUGUUUACACUGAUGUCUUCAGAGGCUGAGAUUGACUUCAACAAUUCUUAUGGGAAACAUCUAACUUUGAGAGUCAUCAGAAAUGCUAAUUAAUUUGUUAACUAAAGAAUUGCCACAUCACUUGUACUUCAUUAGUAGAUUUAUUUAAAGGGCAUGCGCAUUAGUUAGCUGUGCAAAUAAGAAUCCCUCCAGGGUGAGUAAGAGUCUUAACGUUUAUUAUACUUGGUCACCCCAUGAAAGUCUGUGCCCCAGUUUGGUCAGUAUAGUUAAAAUAAUCAGGCUGUGUCACUGCAUAAUAGGGCUGGGUGAUAAAAUGACAGAUAUAUAUAUAUCAAAAAUUAAUUUCCCUCAAUAUCAAUAUGAAACAUAGUCAAUAUGCUUUUCGAUAGUCGUCAUUCUGCCAUGUUUUGGUAGACUAUAUGAAUAGCCAAUGAAAAGGGGAGUAUCUCCUGGUCGGCUUUGCGCUGAACCAAUCGUGCUGAAUUAGAACCAAGUAGCAAACAACUGUGUAGUAGCAGGCUGCAGCUACACGCAACAUAGCACUUUAACACGUGACGCCGACAGCAUUGUCGGUUAGAGAAAAAGAAAAUGAGUGCUACCCCCGGCAGAAAUGCAGAUGAAGGCUCAACAGAUGAUGACAUUGUCGACAACACUGGCACAAAAACGUUGGCGGUGUAGACGUAUUUUAGUUUUUUGAGGUCUGACAUGAAGCAGAGUAAUGUGCACUGCAAACUGUGUCAAGUACAUGUUCUUCCAAAGACGGGAAUACCUUAAAUCUUUUUCACCGCCUGAAGCAGAGCCACUUGGCAGAGCAUGCACAAUGUAAAAGUUUACAAACCCCGAGCAGAGCAAGGAGCCCAUGGCGCCUGUGCAGCAGAAACAGCCAACCAUUCAGUUCGCUUUCUCUCGCACAACGCCUUACGACAAAACGUUGAAGAGACACGAAGACCUCACAAAUGCAGGAGCUUAUUGUAAUGCAGAAGACAUGCUACCAAUAAGCACGGUUAAAUUUGAUAUGAAAAACAUACAUCGUGAUAAACUUUUUCCCAUAUCGCCCAGCCCUACUGCAUAACUACCCCUUCACUUAACUAUAACCUACUUGUUACCCAGCCACCAACUGAGGCCAUAAACACACUGAAACAAAAUAUGAAUUAAUAGAUGAUUGAUCCUGGGAUUCCUGAAUUAGAUACGUCAUAAGCGGUACUGCAGUUGACAUAUCUUCAAACCUUGCAGCUUAGAGAUGCUCUCACCAGUCCCACCACUGUUGCCUGGAUUGCAGGACAGGUUGUUGCUCCAGUUUUCUUUGUCAGAGAUGGUUGGGGUCCAGGCUGCCCUCACAUCUAUUAUUAUUAUUCCCCUUCUCUUGAGACCAGCCCGAGAGUACUGACACCUAUUUAGUUUGUAUUCCUACCUUGAGUGUUUCAGAUACUCAAAACAACCCUCUCUUCACAACACUUAGCAUGCCUGAUACCUAAUUGGCUGCGGGAUGAAAAUGUCACUCUCUCAUGCUGUUAGUCAUAAUGACCUGCAGCAGUGUGUGUGUCUAUGUGUAAACACGGACAUGCUCAGCCUGGUUUCUCAGAGACCCCGACACACACACACACACAGCCGCACAGAUAUUGAUUGAGCGCUGUGUCUCUGUGGGCUAUCAUUACCGAUGCUGUGACAUGAAAUAUCUCUGACCUUUCAGUAGUGUUGGAUGUCCUUCCCUGUCUGUGUACGUACUGUAUAGGCAAACUUAAUGCAGGCUCACAUACAGAUAAAACACACCACAUAUCAGACACAUGAAAACAAUAACACAUAGAUGUUAUAUGAGGCGCAUGCUUCUAAACGGGGUGAAACAUGCUCAUUUUUGAUGAUGUUCUCAUAGCGGAUAAGUCAUUUUCUCUCAUUCUGUCACCAUUUUCAUCAUCACCAUGACCACAGCCAAAUUAAACACAGUAUAAGUUAUAUAAAAUGUUCAUAGAUUAGACUGCCAUGGGUCUACAAAUUCUAAUACUUAUUCUGUUUUGUCUUUAUUUGACAGCUUUUCCAGAUCCACGGGUCCCGGAUGUAA